AAUGCUUAAAAAAGUGUUGUAAUAUUUCGCCACAUGAAACUUUAUUACAUUUUUUUUUAAUAAUCAUCUUGACAUUAAUUUUAACCUUCGUACUUUAUCGGUGUAUAAAUUGAAAUCGUGGUCACUUAUCGAAGCCAGUAUAAACAGGAUGAGUUCGUUUAAAAGAUUUUAAGAGCCUACAAAAUAAGUUGAACUGUCAUCAUGAAGUUCCUACUGUUAGUUUUAAUAGUUUGCGGUGUUUUUAACGUAUACAAAACCGCAAAAAUUCUUGCGGUGUUACCAGCACCUUCUUACAGUCAUUACGUAACCGGCUCAGUGUUAGCUACAGAAUUAGCAAGAAGAGGUCACGAAGUGACUGUGGUUUCAACGUUUAAACCAAAAACGGUUCCUUUCGGUAAUUAUAAGUUUGUUGAAGUAAAGGGGAUAAAAGAUUUUUUGAAGAAAGAAGAGAAUAUUCUUCACUAUUUCGAAUUUGAUAACUAUAACAAACCAUUUAUAAGUUACGUUGUUCAUAAAUUUGCUUAUAAUGUAAUAGAAUUUUUUUUUAAUGACGAAAAUGUUAAAGAAUUUAUAAAAUCCGGUGGACAUUACGAUGUCGUUUUUGUUGAUGAAUUUUUUAAUGAAGCUCUUUAUGGAUUUUGUAAUUUAUUUAAAGCUGCAUGUGUGAACUUGUGUUCGGUGAGCCCAACAAUAUGGUGUAACAGACCGACUGGAAAUAUUGGUAUGGCUUCUUAUUCAUCGGGAAUGGGUACGAAUUAUUCACCGAAAAUGUCAUUUUUUCAACGACUACACAAUUUAUUUUUAUUUAUCGCCGAAGAAUUCAUUUAUCAUGGCUAUCAUAUACCAAAAAUGGAAAAACUUUUACACAAAAGCUUCCCGAAUUCACCGCCUUUAUACGAUUUAAUUUAUAAUAUUUCAAUGGUUUUUGUUAAUUCUCAUCCGGCGAUGAACGCACCACUUCCUUUAACACCGAAUAUGAUCGAAUUAGCCGGAAUGCAUUUAGAUGGCAUGAAAAAUGAGAAAAUUCCGGACGAUAUCCAAUCCUUUUUAGAUAAACAUAACGAAGGAGUUGUGUAUUUUGCUUUGGGCUCGAACGCUAAAAGUAAAGAUUUUCCGAAACGCGUUCUCAAAGAGCUUAUGAAUGGAUUUAAAAAAUGGGGAAAACCUAUUUUAUGGAAAUUUGAAGAUGAACUUCCUGAAAAGCUUGAAAACGUUAAAAUCGCAUCUUGGUUACCACAAACAAGCGUUUUAGCACAUAAAAACGUUAUUGCUUUUAUAACGCACGGUGGACGUUUGAGUAUCAUAGAAUCUUUAUAUUACGGGGUACCGAUGAUUGGAAUCCCUAUUUUUGCUGAACAACCCCACAAUAUAGCUGAAAUGGUUUAUUACAAGUACGGAAUUGGAUUAGAUUUAAACACAUUCACCGCUGAAGAUUUGUACAACUCUCUUCAUGAAAUAACCACUAAUUCAAAGUUUUCCGAAGAAGCUGAAAUGCGAUCGAAAAUUAUGCAAAAGAAAAAUGCUUUAGACGAGGCGGUUUAUUGGAUCGAACAUCUUGUCGAAUUUAAAGGUGGUUCUUAUUUGAGAACUGCGGGCGUUGAUUUACCUUGGUAUCAAUUUUGGAUGGUCGACGUGAUUGGAUUUUGUGUCGUUUGCGGUUUUGUUUUAAUAACGAUCGUUAUAUUUUCAAUUUUAAAAUGUUUGAAAUGUAUUGAUAAAAAGAAAAAAUAA